UGCCAGACGCUAAACAAAAAAAAGAAAAGAAAGAUAAGCAAAAUGGAAACAGCGGGUUCUGGUGCAGAAAUUGAGCUCCUGGAGCGCGUUUUACUUCGUCUGGGCAAUGCGGAUAGUGAUGAGAAGCUGGAAAUAGCUGUCGGCAAGUUCCUGACGCCCGUCAUACUCAAAAUCAAUUCGCCCCACAAUGUGGUGCGCACAAAGGUAGUUGAGGUGCUGACACAUAUUAAGCGACGCAUCACAUCGCGUGGUCAGGUCCAGAUACCGGUGGAGGCUCUGCUUGAGCAAUAUGCGGCCAAAGAUAGCACCACAUUCUUAAAGAAUUUUGCCAUCAUCUUUAUUAGCAUGGGUUUUCCGCGGCUGCCGCUGGAGCAGCAAACAGCGCUGGCCGCCAAACUCUUGGGCUGUGAAUCGAAUCUGGAGAACUAUCAAGAUAAGCUGUUCACACUGCUGCUGCCCGUGUUGUGUGACAUGAAAAUACCCGACGAUCCGGCACAGCGUUCAGAGCUGCUUAAGCUUGAGGAUAAGCCUGCAAUUAGUGGCAGUUUCUUGGCUCUGCUGCAGGAUGUGCUGCUGCUGCCGUACGGCAUCACACAGGAGCAGGAUGUGCCGCCUGGAUUAAGUCCAUAUAGUUUUAAGCGUGUCAUUGCAAACAAUUGGCGUGCCGAGGAGCUGGAGAAGAUCAAGAAGGGCAUUGUGCGUUUUCUCUGCGCCAGCGUCUUUAGCGACAAUGAGAUCUUUGUGCUGCUCGUCGUCGCCUCGGCAGAUACACGCUUUAGUGUUGCAACGCCUGCCAUUGCCGAGCUGAGCAAAUUGUGUACCAUGCUGGAUUUUAAUAGUGCAGUGCUCACCUCACCGCUCUACACACUCUUCAUUGGCAAUCAGUGCCAGUUGGCGGAGCGUCAGACACGUCCAUGUUGCGCUCGUGUGCGCCAGAAACUGUUGCAAUAUCUAAUCAAGUGCCGCAGCAAGGCCAUCAAUGUGGGCAAGGGCCUGCAGGUCAUCUUCGAUGGACUCUUUGGCACCAACACGAAUCAAAAGUGCAAAGUGCUCGCGCUGCAAUUCACAGAGUUGGUGCUGAGAGACGGUCCACGCGACGUUGUGUCCAAAGUAUCCAAAGUGAUGCUCACUGGCAUCACCAAGGUAAUUGGACGCGACACUGUUGAACCGAAUGAUGUGCAGAAUGCAGCAUAUUCGGCAUUGGCGCAACACGCACGCAGUUUUCCCCAGGAUGUUAGUCAGGAUCUGAAGUUGGUGUUGGGCUAUUUUAAUAAUUUGGCCACUUGCACACCAGACUUGCAUAGUUCCAUACGCGAGGCAUUGGUGUCGAUGGCGCCCGCAUUUGCCUGGCAAACCAAAACCAAAUCGGAUGCCAUGGACGUGGACAGUGGAGAGUCGUGUGAAGUGCAGCUGGAUGGACAGCAGCAUCUGUUGCUCGCGAUGCUGCUGGAUAAUGCCGAGUCCAAGAUACAAAUUGUGCAGAAUGUGACGAGCGUUUUCCUCACCAGCUGCUAUCCAGAAUUUUAUGCCCCGGCGCGCUAUUUACUGCUGCUCAUUGCAGGCGAACGCAAUUCACUGCGUGAGAAUGUCACAACUUAUCUGUAUGGCACUUCGAAGAAAGAUCAUGUCAACUACAGCAUGCUCUCCUCGAUUGAGCAGACGGGCAAGCAGCACACAAGUGAAUCCAUCAGUGAUUUCAAUCAUCUGUCGCUGGAGCAGCGACGUGUGGUGUUGCCAAGUUUUCAUGUGAUGAUGGCCCAUGUUCAUGACAUGGCCAAUAAACGACUGAAGAAGAGCAACGCUUGCGUUAUCUAUGGCCGUACCAAGCUACCCUACAGCUUGGAGGUCUAUGAGGAGAUGCUAGAUUAUUUGCGACUCUGUUUGUGGUAUUCAGCCGGCGUUGUUGCCGCUCCGGGCGAUGAGAAGCAUACGUAUGAAUUGCGAAAAUACAUAAUUACUAACUAUGACGAGGAUGAGUCAUCGAAUACACUGCAUCAAUAUCUACUAUUCGUGCAACGAGGCGUCGAGGCGAAGCGCACUGAGUCGAGUCUCUUGUGUCUCUAUGAUCUGUUGAAUGCGGCUCCGGAGCUAUUUGCACCCAAGCAGCUGCAUCUGCUUGAACCGUUGAGCAACUCUUUGAAGGAUGUCUCCGAAACGAUGCGCGCUAAUGUCUCCCAGGUCUACGGCAUACUCUGGGCCUAUGGGUUGCCCGAUGAUAAGUUCGAUGCGGAGGUGGGCGAUUGUCUGACCAGUUUGACCCAGAAAUCGCUGGAGCACAAGCAUGGCUGGCUUUUGGUCUUGGGUCAUGCAUUCAAUCGCAAAAUUGAGCAAUUAAAGCAGCAGAAUUCUAGCAAGGAUUACGGCAAGUGGCCGCAGUUUAUCAAUGCUGUCAAGAUUAUUGCUAAAAUGCUGUGCGAAACUCAAUGGCUGCUUGUGUCGGCGGCCGUUAAGUGCACCUCGAUGAUUGGCAAAACGGUGGAGAUACCCAAUGUUCAAGUGGAAAUCCAAGUGCAGUGCAACGAUAACGACAAUGACAACGAUGACGAAGAGCUGGCCGAAUUCAAGAAUAUUGAGGCCUCCACAAAGAUGAUAAUUUUUGGCGUCGUCUUUCAAUUGUUGCGCAGCACUUCGUUCCGCCAGAAGAUCCGUGAGGAGGCUGCCAAAUGUUUGGGCUAUUUGGCUAUUGGCGAUGGUGCACACUUUACCAAACGCAAUCUGGAUAAGUUUCUCACGUUGGCCAAAGUGCAAAAGGAUGCUGCACUCAAUAUUGCCAUUUCGGAGGCCAUUGUGAUCACAUUGUGCGGCUAUGAUGUGAAUCGUGGUGUGCCCGCAGAGAAUUUCCAGAAUCUACACUGCACCGAUGCGGAAUUUGAGCAAUUUCUGAAUGCUUUGAUUCGUCUGGUGCCCGAACCGAAUGCUCAAUCACGUCAGGCCAUCUCGGUGUGGCUGCUGGCCGUCGUAAAGCACUGCAGCAAUCGUCCAGCAGUGCUCAGCAAGAAACAACUGCUGCAGUUCGCCUUCACCGAGCUGCUGUCCGAUGAUAGCGAAUUUGUGCAGGAUGUGGCGUCUCGCGGUUUGGGCUUGGUCUACUCGCUCUCGGAUUCCGGCAGUCAAACGGAGUUGGCCAAUUCUCUGUUGGAUCAAUUGAUUGGUGGCAAACGGCAGGUGAAUCAAGUUGCUGGCGAUACGGAAUUAUUUGCCGAGGGCAUGUUGGGAAAGACACCAACUGGUGGCAAUAUAACGACGUAUAAGGAACUCUGCUCCCUCGCCAACGAUCUCAAUCAGCCGGACAUGAUCUAUCAGUUUAUGCAGCUGGCCAAUCACAAUGCCGCUUGGACCAGCAAAUUGGGCGCCGCCUUUGGAUUGAAAACGCUCUCAGCAGAGUCACGUCAACAGAUGCAGCCAUAUCUGGGCAAGAUAAUACCGCGUCUAUAUCGCUACAAAUACGAUCCGACGCCAAAGAUACAGAAUUCGAUGAUAUCCAUUUGGGAUACGAUUGUCAGCGAUUCCAAGGAGAUAACCGAGCAGUAUUAUUGGGAAAUACUACGUGAACUACUCGAUAAUUUAACCUGUACGGAGUGGCGUGUGCGGAUUGCCUGCUGCCUGGCCGUGAGGGAUCUGUUGAAGCGACCAAAUGGUUUGCGUUUGCGCACCGAGGAACAGUUGCCCACAACUACUGCAGCAACUCCAAACAGUCCGCGUCGCGUUACACCCGAUACGAUGGAGGUGGAUGAGCCGCCCGAGCCCGAGUUGCGUGAGCUCUGGUUUCAGCUGUUCCGCGUCAUGGACGACAUACACGAGGGCACACGCAUGACGGCACAUGGCACAGCGUCAUUUCUGGGCAAGCUGUGUGUGCUGGCUGCAUCGGCGGAGCAUGGCAAAUCUGGCACAGCUGUGGCUGCUUCGAUACUACCCUAUUUGCUGGAGACGGGCGUCGGCCACAAAGUCGCCGAUAUACGCAAUGUCAGCAUUAAGACCAUCUCGGAAAUGAUUGAAUCGUCGGGUGCUCUAAUUGCCCCACAUCUGGCCACGCUCAUACCAUGUCUGCUGCGCGCCACCGGCGAGUUGGAGAACACAAAGCUAUCGUAUGUGUCCACACGUCUGGGUGCGGACAAUGAGGCACAGGAAGCGGUAGACAGUUUGCGUGCGGAGGCAGCCAAAUCGCAUCACACAAUGGAGACCAUCAACAAGUGUGUGCGCUUCAUUGACUACCAGGUGCUGGAACGCAUGACGCCCGAACUGCUCGAGCUGAUGAAGACCAGCGUCAAUCUGGGCACCAAAAUUGGUUGUGCUCACUUUGUCUGUUUGGUCAGCAUUCGCUUGGGCAAAGAGAUGACGCCGUUGGUGGGCAAAUAUCUGGGCGCCUGCUUUGGCGGCAUCAAAGAUCGCAAUGUCACCGUGCGCAAAUACAAUGCCAGCGCCAUUGGACAUCUGAUGGGUCUGGCCAAGGAACAAUCCAUUAAGAAUCUAUUUGGCAAGCUGGACGAGCUGUAUAUGGAGCAGCCGAGCAAUCGUUCCAUAGCGCUAACCAUACAAUCGAUAAACAAGCGUCAUCAUGAGCUGCUCAAGGACUAUAUGGACUGUAUGCUGCCGCUGAUCUUCUUUGCCAUGCACGAGGAGCAGAACGAGGAGAACAAGGCCAACAUUGAGUUGUGGAAGGAUCUGUGGAAUGAUAUAAGUCCCGGUGAUGCGGGCAUCCGUCUCAAUUUGCAUGUGAUCAUACCCAAGUUGGAGUCGUCGCUGACCGAUGCCAGCUGGUCACGCAAAUCGCAGGCGGCCAAUGUUAUUCAGAAUAUUGCGAUGCGCCUGAGCCACAGCCUCGAGAUGGGGGAUCGUGUGCGUCUAAUCCGGCUGCUGCUUAGUGGCCUCCAAGGACGGACAUUUGAAGGCAAGGAGCGAUUGCUGCAGGCGCUGGCUGCACUCUGUAAGAAUCUGGAUCGCCAGCACGAGAUCUGUGGCAACAUAAUUGAGGCUGCGAUGCGUGAGGCACGCAAACAGGAGCCCAUAUAUCGCACCAUGGCACUGGCGGCUCUUGGCGACAUCCUCGAUGUGCUCGAGGCCGAUCGCUUUGAGGAGAUCUACAACAUGAUCUGGUAUCUGCUAGAGAAGAAGGAACUGCGCGCCGCCGACUCCGAUGAUGAUGAUGAUCAUCAGCUGGCUGGCUGCAGCAAUGCCAGCAAGGAUUUAACAGCCGAUGAGCGCAAUAAACGCGCCCAAACGCUCAACAAACUGAAGGAGGUCGUCUGGGAGACUUUGGGCAAAUCGUGGCCCAAGCAUGCAAUUGAGACCCAGCAUCGAUAUCAGCUCUUCUUCGCAGAGAACUGCUCCAGCAUUCUGAGCGAGAGCACACGUCCGGUGCAGGUCAGCCUGCUGGCUGCCCUCACCAAGUAUAUUGAGCGCCUCUAUAUUUUCGAUGAGGCAGCCAAGCUGCCCGAGUUGCCGUUGGAGCGCAAUAAUCUUGAAAAGAAACCGAAAACGGAGACAACACCGCUGCAGACACGCGAAGCGAUCGUGCAGAAGAUUUGCAGUGAUGUCCUUGCGGCGGUCACCCUUGCCGCCGCUGUGCCCCAUACGGGCCUCAAGAAAGAGGCGCUUAACAUUGUCUUGAUGCUGAUCAAGCGAUUGAGUCCGAGCAGAGAUCAGGCCACGCUGGCGCUGCUCAAGCAGAACUUUGAAUCGAAUCUGGCCAAAUUUCAACGCGAUUCGGCGCCCGAGGUACGCUGUCGCAUCAAGGACAUCGAGGAGAAGCUAAGCAAACUCGACCAUCCUAACUAAUAAGCAAUAAAAUAAUAAAAAAAAACUUUACAAUCAGAUUGGAAACCAAGCGGAAAACGUACUUUGGAACAGGGUCGAAUUGAAUUAUUUAUGUAACGAACAGAAUAAAAAUAAUUUAUACUUUGAAACAAUAAUGUACUAAAGCGA